GAGAAGAGAGAGAGAGAGGAGGAUAAAUAAUCUGGAUAUUGGAGAGGAGGGGAGGAGACGAUCCUUUCCAAAGUAAGCAGUGCUCACUGCGCACCGCCUUCUUUCGUUAUCUUUAGGUUCGGUCCACCCACCUUCCAUUUCAAUUUCCAUUUCCAUUCCCCAAUUUCCCAAUUUCCCGAUUUCUUACUUUCUUAGCUCUCGCAAUUCCCAUUUCUUUUCAAUUGUUUGGAAUUGGCCCAAUUCGCGUCCUCCAGUAUUGAUAUUUUUAUGAUACCCCCCCUCAGAUCCUUCAAAAUCUUCCGUUUCUGCCUUUAACGCUGCUCGAUCUCGUUUCUGACGAUCAAAAUGCGUUUGUCCUUCUGUUCCUAUGAUUUUCACCCUCCGUUGCCCUUUUGAUUUCGGCUUUUCUUGCUCCGUUUCUCUAUUUGGUGGUUGAUUAUUAUGAGGACCGGGUUCUGGGUGCCGGGAAUUCUUGUGUUGGUGGUGCUUUUCGGGGGGCAACCGUGUUCCGCCAACUCGGUUAGGGUUUCGCAUUCGGCGAACUGCCCCAUUGACGGUGAGGAUGGCCACUAUGAAUUUAUUGGUGUUUCUGAGGGAGAUGAGGCCUCAUUACAACUGGCACUCAAUAUGGUACAUAAGAACCAUUAUGAAUAUGUUGCGGUGCUUUUCUACGCAUCUUGGUGCCCUUUCUCCAAGUCUUUUAGGCCGAGCUUUUCCAUACUAUCCUCUUUAUAUCCUUCUAUUCCGCAUUUUGCAAUCCAAGAAUCAGCUGUCAGGCCAAGCAUACUCUCGAAAUAUGGGGUCCAUGGUUUUCCUACACUUUUCCUUUUAAAUUCCACCAUGCGUGCUCGUUAUUAUGGUUCUCGAACCCUCCCUUCACUUGUUGCAUUCUAUAAUGAUGUUACUGGCAUUCAGACUGCAUCACUCAAUCAAAUAUCGCCAGAUAGAAUUGGACAAGUAUGGAAUCAGGAGAAGCAUGAUAACAGUGAGCAGGAAAAUUGUCCAUUUUCAUGGGCAAGAUCUCCAGAAAAUUUAUUUCGGGAAGAGACGUAUUUGGCUCUCGCUACUGCGUUUGUGCUUAUGAGAUUGAUACAUAUCUUCUUUCCAACUCUGUUGGUCUAUGCUCGAGACAUUUGGAGAAGGCACCUCAGGAACCUUAGGUUGGGAACCUUGUGGGAACGACCUUUGACCUGCCUGAAAGGCGCAGUGCAGUUAUUCAGCCAUUUCAAGGAUCCUUGCAAGAGAAGAAAUUUGCAAGGAGGGGCCAUGAAUGCCAGGGCAUGGGCCAAGUCCUUCGCCACAGUUUCUAUAGGCGAUGCAAGCUCUAGUACCCGGGUGUGCCAGUCGUGAGAAUGUCGUUGAUAUGCAUUAAAUUGCUUUAUUGAUGGUAUUGUGGUGAGCAGCAGAAAAUGCCGUUGAGGAGCCUCGAGUAGACUUUGGGUUCAACAUCUUGUGAACGAAAAGGUAAAACAAGGUUCUGCUCCUGAUCCAUUUAUUUUUUGUUGUAGGAUGUAGUUCAAAAUUUGUUACGCAUCUGCAAAUGAUAGCUCGACCCAAUUUGUGCAUAGGAAUGAAUAACCAACAGACUCUUUCCUCUCCUUUAUGUGUAACUUCUUGCUUGUGCGAAUGCCACAAUCCAUCUGUGGUAGGUUUUAAAGCAGUGUUCAUUCUAUUCUUUUCUUUGAACUGAUAACUAGAUGUUACAAUGUCCAAAACCUUUCGUUUGUAACAUUGUAUGACGGGUUCUCCCCUACCUAUAUUCUUAAAUGUUAUUGGUAUUGGAAACUAAAUGUUGUAAGUUCAAAUAGUUGUUUCGUUGAA